UUGUCUUCUAUUGUGGUGAAAAGGCCGCAGCUUCAACUCUAGGCCCGGCCACCAGGGAUGGGAAAGAAAACUCGUUUAACAGGAGGAGCAGUUGGACGUAGAACAAUUUUGCAGCUUUCACCUCCCGGUCUCCGCGGCGGAAACGCCGGUGACAGAGAGGACGCAGCAUCUGGAUCGGACGACGAGCAAGAAGGUGAUGUACAGAGAUUUGUUAAAGAACAACAAUCAAGCAUGAAGCCUCCUUCAGUAAAAGCAACAGAGGGGUUAUCCCUGCUUGGAGCAUAUGAGGACAGCGAGGAAGAGGAUGCUGGAGACUCCUACCGUUCAGCUGCAAAGUCUCAGCACAACCAGUCAGCUGACAUCGACAGCACACUAGCUAAUUUCAUGGCUGAGAUUGAUGCAAUCACCACUCAGCCAAUUUCAGAAGAUGCAAAAUCACACCCUCCAGUCCCCACUUCUAUUCCUCCCAAACCUGAGGGUGAGACUCAGCAGCCUCCUGCAAGUGAUGGACAGAAUCAUCAAAGUACAGAUUUUGAGUACAACACUCAAUAUUCACUAGCUGGAGUGGAUGUUGAAAUGGGAGACUGGCAAGAGGUCUGGGAUGAGAACUCUGGUUGCUACUACUACUGGAACACUGCAACCAAUGAAGUGUCUUGGGAGCUGCCACACUAUUUGGCUGAUCAGGUGCAAAACCUGGCACAGUAUUCUAACAGCACGAAUGUUAAUGGCAAUGGGACUACACAUAGAAGUUAUUACAAAGAGGAAACUUCUGCUCCUGUUGCAGCUCCAACGACAGUUAAGGAGACCAAAGCUAAGGAUGUAAUAGAGAGUGUGGUGGGACUCACAAGUGAAGAGGAAGAGCGCCGUGGGGUAGCAGCUUCUCUGCUAGCUCCACUUAUUCCCUCUGAUGUUAAAGAAGCAGAAGAUAAGUGGAGAAAAAGACUUCUUAAAGGGCUGGAUGAGACUGAAAACAGCCGGGAUUCAGAGGGAGAGGGCGUUAAUCCUGUAGGAUCCCCAUCUACUUCUCUUCAAGACGGAGACUCUGGUUUCACUCACCAAAAAGAUAACAGUACAAAGAAGCAAACAGGCGACAACUCAGAAGCUGAGGAAGAGACAGAGGAGGACACAGUGGAGUUGGAACUUGCUCUUGAGAGGAAGAAGGCGGAGCUUCGAGCACUGGAGGAAGGCGACGUAAGCACCGGGUGUUCCAGUCCUUGCUCUGAGACCAGCCAAGAAGCAGCUGGUUCUCGUGGUGUUUUAUUCAAGAAAAAUCGAUGGAAAACAGUUUUCCCUUCUGCUGCCAGCCCUGAUUCUAACAGCCGCGGCUCAGAUCCACAGGAGAACGCAGAGAUUGCAGCCCCUAAACUCCCAGAGAGUACUGCAGUAAAAGAAGACAUGGAAGUGGAAGACGAGGUUGCUCCAAACCCGCCAUUAAAAGAUGAUAUGGACGCAGCUGAAGUCAAAGUAGAGACACCUGAGCUCAAGUUUCAGAUUGGUGAAUUGGCAAACACGUUAACCAGCAAGAUGGAGUUUCUGGGAAUAGACAAAAAAGCAAUUUCUAAUUUCCAUUUGCUUCUGCUACAAACUGAGACACGAAUUGCAGACUGGAGGGAGGGCGCAUUGAACGGGGCUUAUCUUCGCCGCAGGCUGCAGGAAGCUGCCGAACACAUAAAAUAUUACGAACUUAACGCCACCCCUAAAGGCUGGGCCUGCCACUGGGACAGAGAACACAGGAGAUAUUUUUAUGUGAAUGGCCUCACCGGUUCCUCCCAGUGGGAUUUCCCGACUGAUGCAGCUAAAACCGAGGAGCUUAACGGCAACCAGGGAACCCAGACACAGACUCCACCUCAAGAGGAUGUCCAUUCUUCAUCCACAUCUACAGUUGCUCCACCACCAGCACCUCCUCAGACUUGUGCCUACUGGUCUCCUGCCCAGCCUCCUCUCCCUGACAGCCCUCCUCCACCUCCCUCCAAUCCACCACUACCGCCUCUCCCUCCAGACUCCCCCCCUCCACCACCUCCACCUCCCGACAGUGAGGGGGAGAUCAUGGAGGUGGAAAUGGACGUUGAUGACGAUAAUGAUGGAGAGCCACCGGCGCCUGGAACUGAGGAAGAGGGCAGUGGAAGGCCUCCUCUAUCUUCUACCUUGAAGAUGGCUGAGACCUCUGGUCCUUUGGGGAAGGGUCAGAAACGUAAAGCUGGUCAGACGAAUAAAGCUGUUAUUGGCAGCAGUCCCAUUCUCUACACCCAAACAGCUGCAGCUCCACUAAUAUCAGCAGCUGCCUACUGGGGCAUGCCUGCCAUUCCUGCCCAACUGGUUCCUUGCGAGCCCCCUGUCCCACCGGUCCCAAUCCUCCCUCCUCAGCCACCGCUGCCUCCCCCACAGCCUCCUCUCGAACCUCCAGCGCCAAAAGCUCCGUCGCUAGAUAAGACCAAGAAAAUCAAAAAGGACAAGAUGAAGAAGAGCAAGACCAAGAUGCCUUCAUUGGUAAAGAAGUGGCAGAGCAUCCAAAAAGAGUUGGACGAAGAAGAGAAGAGCAGCUCCAGUGACGAAGAUCGGGAUCAGCUGAACAAGAAGAGCAUAGAGGAGUGGAAGCAGCAGCAGCUAAUGACAGGGAGAGCCUCAAAAAAUGCCAACUUUGAAGCACUUCCUGACGAUUGGCGAGAGCGACUUAAGAAAAGGAAGAUGAAUAGCACGUGAUGUCACCCAACUUCCACCAAACUUAUAUUCUACAGUCCACACUCACUAUUACUGUUAUGUCAAUAUACAGCAGUUCAAUUUUUAAUGAUCUGUAAACAAUCACAUGCUCAUGUUGAGACAUUUAAAGUCCCUGACAUGAUUGGACAUUCAUCCAGGGGCCUUGAAUGUCAUUUUGUUUUCUUUCUUCUUUUUUUUAGAUAAAUUUGUGCCAUUUCAUCAUGUUUUGAAGAAUUAUCUUUUUUUUAUUAAACCUUUUUACAGCCUUCUUCAUACAAUGUAUACUGAUUUUGCUCGGUUUGUCGAAGAAAAGGGAAUGCCCAACCUGUAUAUUUUGUACAAAUGGUAUUAAAAGUUUUUUUCCAAA